ACUAAACCUGCUUGCUGUCUAGGGUUCCCAAAAACCCCAAUUUUUCACCUCCACAUCUAUCUUCUAUACCCCGCUGCUCUACCAUUUCCAGUAAGAAGAAGAAGAAGGACCCCUCUUCUCUCCAAUCCACCUUCUGGGUCUUCACGUUUCAAUCACGCAACACCUGAAUCUGCAAGAGAAAGGUGAUAACUUGUCAUUUGUGAGUUAUUGUUUCUCUUUCUAGAUUGUUCCUUUUUCUUCCCCUCAGUUUCAUCAUCUGUUGAUACAAAAUCGAACAGUGUCUGGGCACGGCUCAGAGUUGCUUUCUGUUGUCUUGUUAACUUCUUCAAGCUUGUAUCUUUUUAGUUUGGGUUGGAAAGAAUUUUAUGGGGAAAUCGGGAGGUAGGAAAAAGAAGGGUGGCGUUAAUGUUAAUCAAAACCAAGUUUCAGGGGCUAACAGUCCAGCCCCAAUUGCUAAUGGUGGAAUUGGUUUCGACUCUUCAAUUUUCUUGAAAAGAGCACAUGAGCUUAAAGAGGAAGGAAACAGAAGAUUUCAGGGGAAAGACUAUGUGGGUGCUCUUGAACAAUAUGAUAAUGCCCUUAAACUUAUUCCUAAAAUCCACCCAGACCGAGCCGUGUUUCAUAGCAAUAGAGCGGCUUGUUUGAUGCAAAUGAAGCCCAUAGACUAUGAUGCUGUAAUUACCGAGUGUUCUAUGGCGCUUCAGGUUCAGCCCCGGUUUGUUCGUGCCCUUCUAAGGAGGGCUAGGGCUUUUGAGGCUAUAGGGAAGUAUGAAAUGGCGAUGCAAGAUGUGCAGGCGCUACUAGGUGCUGAUCCGACACACGGGGAUGCUUUGGAGAUUGCCCGGCGGUUGAGGACUGCGCUUGGACCUCGCCAAGAAGCCCAGCAGGACCUCCAGAGCCGCCCGUCUCCAGCUGCUCUUGGGGCUUCUGCGGUUGGAGCGCCUGUUAGUGGCCUAGGACCUUGUUUACCAGCAAGACCUGUACCCAAGAAAGCAGCUUCAGCUGGGGGGUCACUUGUAUCACCUAACAAUAAGUUGGAAAAGCCCCAAACAAUUCCACCUACUGAAAAUGGUCUGGAUUCCAAAAGCCAGUUAAUGAAGGUUGUUUUGAAGCCAUCAAAUGGUUCCGUCAAAUCCAAUGCCACCAAGGAGAAUCAGAAGGAGAGACCAUCUUCAUCAGUGUCAUUGCCUGCUCAGAGUCAGGCUUCGAACACUGCAAUUAGAUGGAGGCCUUUGAAGCUCGUUUAUGACCAUGACAUAAGGCUUGCCCAAAUGCCUGUCUAUUGCAAUUUUAAAGCAUUGAGGGAGAUUGUAAGGAAACGCUUUCCAUCUUCAAAGUCAGUUCUUAUUAAAUACAAGGAUAAUGACAGUGAUUUGGUGACUAUAACCUGUACGGAUGAACUCAGAUUGGCGGAGUCAAGUGUUGACAGCCGUACACCAUUGGAACCUGAAACAGGGAAGACCAACUCAUUUGGGAUGCUGAGACUGCAUAUUGUUGAGGUGACUCCUGAACAGGAGCCACCCAUCCUUGAAGAGGAGGAGGAGAAGCCUCUGGAGAGUGAUGCCAGCAAAGGAGAUGACAGUGGGUCACAUUCUUCCCUGGGUGAUUCUGCUGUGGAAACUGUGGACGUUGAGGUUGAGAUUGAUAAGUCGGUGAAGGAAGCCCAAAAGGAAAAGCCUGGAGCUCCAGAAGAUCCUGAGUCCAAGGAAGUGGAAAUGGAUGACUGGUUAUUUGAAUUUGCUCAGUUAUUUCGGACUCAUGUCGGUAUUGAUCCCGAUGCGCAUAUUGACCUGCAUGAACUUGGAAUGGAGCUAUGCUCAGAGGCCCUUGAAGAGACAGUAACCAGUGAGGAGGCUCAAAUCCUUUUUGACAAGGCUGCAUUAAAGUUCCAGGAGGUAGCUGCACUGGCUUUCUUCAAUUGGGGAAAUGUUCACAUGUGUGCUGCAAGAAAAAGGAUUCCAAUUGAUGACUCAGCGGCAAAGGAGUUGGUGGCAACACAGCUGCAAGCAGCUUAUAACUGGGUGCAAGAAAAAUAUUCUCUGGCCAGAGAAAAGUACAAAGAGGCACUCCUGAUUAAGCCAGACUUUUAUGAGGGGUUACUUGCACUGGGCCAGCAGCAAUUUGAGAUGGCAAAACUUCAUUGGUCCUAUGUGCUUGCUAAGAAAGAAGAUAUCUCAAAAUGGGAUCCAACUGAAACAAUUAAACUUUUUGAUAGUGCAGAAGAGAAAAUGAAAGCUGCAACUGAGAUGUGGGAGAAGCUUGAGGAGCAGAGAGCUAACGAGCUAAAAGAUCCUAAUGCAACCAAGAGUGAAGAAUUGUUAAAAAGAAGAAAGAAACAAGGACCUGGUAAAGAAGGUGAAUCCUCCGGAAUUGGUGGUCAGGGUGAGAUGUCAGCUGAUGAAGCAGCCGAACAGGUGGCAGCUAUGAGAUCACAAAUUCAUCUAUUCUGGGGUAACAUGCUUUUUGAGCGUUCUCAAGUUGAAUGCAAACUAGGUUUAGGUGGUUGGAAAAGCAUCCUGGAUGACGCUGCUGAGAGAUUCAAGCUUGCUGGUGCUUCUGACUCUGACAUUUCAAUGGUUUUGAAGAACCACUGUUCCAAUGCUGAUGCUGUCAAAGGAGAUGAGAAGAAGGUUGAGAACCUAAGCACUGAUGAGGGGGUUAAUGAAACAGGCUAUAAAGCUGAGUCAAGUCAAGUGUCAGUGGAGUGAAUUUGGUAUAUGUGUUCAGGGUGAGUUGAAGUGAUUACCUUUGUAUUUUCUCCAUUAAUGAGAUUUUAUUGAAGAUAGAAAGCAGUUUUCCUACCCAUAGGAAGGGACUUUUUGGUUCUGCUUACACAACCAAAAGGCUAUAAGCAUGGUUGAUCACAUAAUUUUUGCACUACUAAUGAGGUUUCUCCCAACAGUCAUAAAGUAGUAAAGAUCUGCAUUUGGCCUUCAAUCUCUGUUCCAAGUGAGGGUGUGGUAAUGCAUGCUUGAUUCUUGUUGGACUCGCUCUGUUUCUUUGCUUUGAGUAAUGCCAUUGGUUUGUGUAUUCUAUUCUUGACUUCAUAUUAGACUGAAGUUAUUCUCAAGAUUCCAGUAUGCGAUUCACUUGA